AUGCAGGAGGAAUUGCUGGAUCCACUCAAACUUGUUGAAUUGCGCCAGAGAGCUCUAGCCGCCUUGGCACAGGGUGUAGAUGUGGAUGAAGUCACCGAUGCUUACCAACAGGGAGUUGAUGUGGAUCAUGACAAUGAGCCUCCCGUCACUGCCCCCACAACCGCUGGGCGUUCAGAGGCCACAGAAAAUGAAAUGGGAUCAGACAGACAAAAAGAAGAAGCACCCACACAAACCACAAUAAACACAAGCAUCAGUGCCAGCGUGCAUGGUACAAGAGUGGAACGCCAAGAGAGAAACUUUGACAUCUUAAAGGUUGUUGAAGCCAGAGCCAGAGCAGCCACCAUGACACUAUCGCGAGUACAGCAUAUUGAUGCCUCUGAACCAGCACACAACCAGGAUGAAAUCAGACCUGCAGUAUCAUCACCAAGGCAAACAACAAUCGCACAGAAUGAAUCCAACUUUGCUGGACGAAAGGUUGUAGAAGAACCUUUCUGCGACUCCCUCCAAAAUGACCAGCUAUCAUUCUUUUCCAAAAAUGAUGAAAAGCUGGAAGGACAUCAACCAAGUGUUAUCAAGCCAACAAUGGGGCAAGUGGCGCAAGCAGUCAACCAGUCAGCUCAACCUGGAGCCAAUGCUGGAGCUGCCGCUGUAGCCAACCAGCCAGCUCUUCCUGGAGCCUAUGCUGGAGCACCGGGGGAGGGGCUACACCGCAACUCCACAGUGCGGUUUUCCCUUUUGGGACGAGAAGCCUUCUUUGGGAGUCCUUCUGGAACUUUCUACAAGAGCCAAAGCAUUGAGGUUGCAAACACAUCAAGGUACAUUCGAGAUAGAUGA